AUGUGCGCUGCUAGACUCGGGAAUGUGGCUCUGAGCGUGGCCUCGCUGCUCCACCUGCUCGCUCACUCCCCGCUCGGCUCGCUGGCAGCUCCGGACCUCAAACGGCAGCAGUUCGUGCUGGUCGGCGGCCAGCUGAAGCUCACUGACGCCGACGACCUCAGGAUCUCCGAGCCCAGAGGAUGUGGCGAUGGCGGAGGACCAGCCAAAUCUAUUGGUCAAUCCGAGCACAUAAUCUCAGCUUACGAUAUUACGCCAUCUAUCUACUACCCCUUCCAACUACAGGGCUGGAAGGAUCAUCACAACAACAGUACUGGAGUUGGUGCAAAUAGCGAACCUACUGAAGAUAAUAUUCCCACAGAACAAGACGCGCUUAGAACGAGAUCUAGAAGAAUUAUGAAAUCUCCAUUAAGGCUCACCUUUUAA